AUGUCCGGCAAAUCUCCCCGCUUUGCGCCGUUCGGCGAGCAUCUCCGAUCUUCCAUGAUCAAGGAUUAUUAUCCUUACUACAUUGCGUACGACGAUCUGAAGAAAGCCCUCAAGACCGACUUCGUCACCCAACCCACCCCCGAGAACACCAAGCCCGCUCGCAAGGAAUGGACCGAGGAUGAUGAGACUCGCUUUGUCACACUGCUCGAAUCCGAGCUCGAGAAGGUCUUCCUAUUUCAGAAGCGGAAAUCCGAGGAAAUCGUCGAACGGAUUCAGACUAGUGAGGAAGAAGUGAACGAUGUGGUCUCUCGCUUGGAGGACAGCAACAAUAGCCGCCGUCAGAGCGGUCGCCCGUCAAGGCCCGCCCCAACUGACGAGGACUUCCUCGAGCUGGAGCAGGUCCUUUCCGACAUCAUUGCCGAUGUGCACGACUUGGCCAAGUUCACGCAAUUGAACUACACUGGCUUCCAAAAGAUCAUCAAGAAGCACGACAAAGAGACGAAAUGGUACCUGAAGCCCGUCUUUGCCGCCCGACUCAAUGCCAAGCCCUUCUUCAAGGACAACUACGAUGCCUUUGUGGUGAAGCUCUCCAAGCUCUACGAUCUGGUUCGCACCAAGGGUAACCCAGUGACGGGCGAUUCAUCCGCCGGUGGGAAUCAGCAGAACUUUGUGCGCCAAACGACAAAAUACUGGGUGCACCGUGACAACAUUACCGAAUUGAAACUCGUCAUCUUGAAACAUCUGCCUGUGUUGGUUUUCAAUGCGAGCAAAGAAUUUGAGGAGAAGGACACAGCAAUAUCCUCCAUUUAUUAUGACAACCCCGAAACUUGGGAGCUCUACCAGGGUCGUCUCAAAAAGACAGAGGGCGCCGAGGCAAUCCGUCUGCGUUGGUACGGUGGCAUGGAAAGCGAUCAGAUCUUCGUGGAGCGCAAGACCCAUCGGGAAGACUGGACGGGUGAAAAGUCCGUCAAGGCCCGCUUCUCUCUCAAAGAGAAGAAUGUCAAUGCUUUCUUGGAUGGUCGUAUGACAGUCGAGCAAGUCUUUGACAAGAUGCGCAAGGAGGGGAAGAAGAGUCCCGCAGAGAUCAAUGAUCUGGAACAGCUGGCCCGCGAGAUCCAAUACCGCGUCAUCACGCGCCGCCUCGUUCCCGUCACACGUACUUUCUAUCACCGAACCGCGUUCCAGCUGCCUGGCGACGCCCGCGUGCGUAUCUCGCUGGAUACGGAGUUGACUAUGAUCCGCGAGGACAACCUGGACGGUCGUCGUCGUGCUGGCUCUAAUUGGCGCCGUAUGGACAUUGGUGUCGAUUGGCCCUUCUCGCAGCUCCCUCCCGAGGAUAUCGAUCGCUUCCCGUACGCUGUUUUGGAAGUCAAGCUGCAGACCCAGGCUGGACAGGAGCCUCCGCAGUGGAUUCGAGACCUCACGGCCUCUCAUCUGGUCGAGGCCGUGCCCAAAUUCAGUAAAUUCAUCCAUGGUACCGCCACCCUCUUCCCCACUCGUAUCAACCUUUUGCCUUUCUGGUAUCCCCAGAUGGACACGGACAUCCGAAAGCCUCCCACCCGCCGCUACGGUAUCCAUCGGCCUACCGGAAGCACGGCACUUUCCCCUAUGGAUGAAGAUUCGGACGAUGAGGAAACCCCACAGACGACCGAGACUCCCACCUUGAAUGGUUCCCGCGAGGGAUCCGAUGAUCGUUACUUGUUCACAGAGACGAACGGCAACGAGCUCGAUAUUGAAGAGCGCAUCGCCGCACGUCCGCUUCCUGGCGACGAAGACUACCCGCUAUACGACUCGGAUGAUGAAUAUGACACUGUGGACACCGAGGAGCUGGAAGAAGCACGCCGCAUCGGUGGCGCGUACUAUGCUGAGCAACUGGUGAAACACUACGCACGCAAGACCGGACGGACGAUUAUGCAAGGCCUCUGGGCAUUGGUUCCCCGGCCUCGAGCAACAGAAAUGCCUCCCCAAGAAGCGCGUGGUAUCCAGGUUCUUGGAACACAGCGUAGACUGCAACGAUUCCAAGCGCCCCCUGGCAAGAAAAUCUUUGUGCCUGUCCGCGUUGAACCCAAAGUCUACUUUGCCGCCGAGCGCACCUUCCUUUCCUGGCUUGAAUUCUCCAUCAUCUUGGGCGGUAUUGCCGCCACACUCCUCAACUUUGGGGUCGACACGGUGUCCCUGAUCAGCUCCUGGGCAUUUACCAUUUUGGCUGCCGGAGCACUUUUUUAUUCCCUCAUGCUGUAUAUCUGGCGCGUGGACAAGAUCCGCAAGCGCCGUGACGUCAAGCGUGUCUAUUACGAAAAAUGGGGACCGACUGUUGUGAGUGUCGGCCUGGUGACUGUGGUGCUAAUCAACUUUGGUUUGCGGGUCAAGGCGGGUGGAUUUAUGGCCGGCAAGUCGCCCCUGGAUGGGCACCCUCGUCAUGGUGGUGAACUUUAA